CGUGAUUAUCCAUUACUAAGAAUAAGCCAAAGAUCAGGUAUAUAAGAGGGGCAAAGGUUAAAGUUGACAGUUCAUCAAGAUGAAGUGUCUUGUAAUCUUUGCAGUAGCAGCUCUCCUCCUAGCGUCGCUAGUCCCACAUAUUGAAUCCUUCGUCGUUGGGCGGAGUAAUGCAGAAGCAAAUGCUGAGGCCAAUGUUAAUACCGGCACAGGAAUAACUGGCAAGCAAUCAGGCCAAGCUCAUGCGGGAGCUAAGUCACAAGCUGGUGCCCAGUCUAAAGGAGGUGCUCAAGUUGGAGGACAAGCCCAAGCAGGAUCUAAAGGCUCAGCUGGAGGAAAUGGUCUGGCACAAGAUGGAGUGAAGUUCGGAGCUGGUGGAGCAGCCGGAGCACAGUCACAAUCAGGUGCUCAAGCUGGAGGUCAAGCCCACGCAGGAUCUAAAAGCUCAGCUGGAGGUCAAGCCCAAGCAGGAUCUAAAGGCUCAGCUGGAGGAAAUGGUCAGGCACAAAGUGGAGUAAAGAUCGGAGCUGGUGGAGCAGCAGGAGCACAUUCACAAUCAGGUGCUCAGGGUAAAGGAGGUGCUCAAGCUGGAGGUCAAGCCCAAGCAGGAUCUAAAGGCUCAGCUGGAGGUCAAGCACAAGCAGGAUCUAAAGGCUCAGCUGGAGGUCAAGCACAAGCUGGAUCUAAAGGCUCAGCUGGAGGAAAUGGUCAGGCACAAGGUGGAAUAAAGAUUGGAGCUGGUGGAGCAGCAGGAGCACAUUCUCAAUCAGGUGCCCAGUCUAAAGGAAGUGCUCAAGCUGGAGGUCAAGCACACGCAGGAUCCAAAGGUUCAACUGGAGGAAAUGGUCAAGCACAAGGAGGAGUUAAGAUCGGAGCCGGUGCAGCUGCAGGAGCGCAGUCCCAAGCAGGUGCUCAUGGCAAAGGAGGAGCUCAAGGCGGAGGACAAGGCCAAGCAGGAUCCAAAGGUUCUGCUGGAGGAAACGGUCAGGCACAAGGAGGAAUGAAGUUAGGAGCCGGUGGAGCAGCCGGAGCACAGUCACAAGCAGGUGCUCAGUCUAAAGGAGGUGCCCAAGCAGGAUCCAAAGGUUCUGCUGGAGGAAAUGCUCAAGCAGGUGCACAGGCUCAAGUAGGGUCCAAAGGUUCACAAGGAGGAAAAGGUGGUGCAGGAGCAGUAGCCGCAUCAGGAGCUCAAUCUGGUGCUGGAGUCGGUGUCAAAGGAGGCUCGGCUGCUGGUGCCGCCAGUGGAUCAGCAAGCUUUGGGCUCACUAUGUAAUAGUUGUCCUAUCAUUAAAACAUCAUCUUAAUCUGAUAAAGAUUGAAAUAUCUCGAA